AUGGGACGCAGCGCGACGCCCCUCGCCCGCGCCGCAAGGCUCACAGAGGCCGCACACGCGCCUAGACGCGUCCCCCGCGCCCCGCUGCCCGACGAAGUGCGUGGCGCAGCCCAUACCGUCAGCGGCGGCAUGCUCCACGUCGAUCCCGACAGCCCUGUGCACCCCAUCUACCAGCUUAUCCGCGAUGCGCGCGCCGCGUGGGACGCAAAGUUUGCCAGGCAGAGCACGACGCUGCGCCAGGCCACGGACGAGUAUGUGAGGCGGUACCGCCGUGCGCCCCCCAUCGGGUUCGACAAGUGGUGGCAUUACGUCGUCGACAACCGCGUCCAGCUGCCGGACGAGUACGACCAGAUUGACAGAGACUUGCAUCUCUUCCACGCCCUCCACCCUAACGACAUCAUCGGGCGCGUUGCCAAGGCCGCCCGCGAACCCGACACGUUUGUGCUCAAGGUUCGCCGCGGCCUCGUUCGCACCACGGGCAGCGUCAACUCGAGCGAUUGGCUGCAUGGCGCACGAAGAGAUGGACAGCUCGAGCUCAUCCGCCCCAUUGCUCGCCACCUCCCAGACUUGACCGCCGUGUACACGGUGCACGACACGCCUUUCAAUUUUGUCAGCCACGCACACAAGGCCGAGCUGCUUGACCACAUCGAGGACGAUGAGUACCUGGACAGGGAUGAUCUGCCAGACGUGACACUGCGAGGGUGGGCCCAAGCUUGUUCGCGGGCGUCCCCGCUGCGCACAUAUGACGCCGAUGCCGAGCUGCCGGAGCCAAGCCACGCGACGGCCGACAAGACCUUCAUCGUUGACCACAAGGCGAGCAUGAAUCCCUGCACACACCCCGAGCUGGUUCGCCUCCACGGCUUCCUCUCGGGCAAGGUACCUGUCGCGCAGGAGCUGAGCGCCAAGUUCGCCAUCUCCAAAACAUUCUUGCACGCCGAUGUGCUCGGAAUUCCCCCCGAAAUGGUCGCGCACAAGGACAACGUGACGCUUGUGCCGUGGGAGCGCAAAGUGCACGAGCGCCUUCUCUGGCGCGGCGCCAACACGGGCAUGUACUACUCGUCUGACCUGGCAUGGCGCGACUCACACCGCGUGCGCCUCGUUCAGCUCGCCGACGAGGCGGAGGGACGCGCCUCCGUCCUCUCCCCUCCGGGACUGAUGCGCGGGCGCAGUGUCGGUGCCGCGACGCAAGAACAGGACGUAGGAUCCGCCAACACCGCACGCUUCGACAUGGCGUUCGUCGACGCGCCGAUCCAAUGCGACGACGGAGACGGGACAUGCGCCGAGAUUGCCGCCGAGUAUCCGUAUCGUCAAAGAGUGAGCCGCGAAGAGGCCGACGCGCACAAGUACGUCGUCGACGUGGAUGGGAACGCGUGGAGCGCGCGCUUCCAGCGCCUUCUGAUGAGCGGGAGCCUCGUGUUCAAAUCGACCAUCAUGCCUGAAUGGUAUAACGACCGCAUCCAGCCGUGGGUGCACUAUGUGCCUGUCAAGCUCGACUACAGCGAUCUGCGGGAUGCGCUGGCGUUCUUCGCGGGCGACGAGCACGGUGAGGGCGGGCGCGACGACCUCGCGGAAAACAUUGGAAUGGCAGGCAGAGAGUGGGCCGAGACGUUCUACCGCAAGCAGGACAUGAUCGCGUACGUCUUCCGCCUCUACCUCGAAUGGGCACGCCUCCAGGCUCCCAACCGCCGCGCCAUGGCGUUCAAGUACGACCCCGCGAUGGAAGCGGUGCGCACAUAG